AUGGCGGCACUUACUACUGCGCAGGCAGAUCUCCCAUCCACAACCCUGGGUAUCACUGCAUCAACGGCUGGCGACAUACUCCUUCCCAAAAGCACAUCAUCUGUGCUAGUACCCACAGCAGAGACGCUUCGAAGCCCAACACCUACCGCAACGACAACGGAGAGAGCCUCAGCUAGUACCAUUGACGUUAAUUCUCCAUUGAGCACUCCAAGCACAGGGUCAGAACUAUUGAAUAGCCAGGGCAACGGUGGCGGAACAGUCGGUGGGCCAAGCUGGGUUCCUUUUCCAAAUCCAGUCCCAGUCGGAGGUGGCAGCGCAGGCGAUGGGAUUAAAGGUGAUAUCUAUCAGGAUGGAUAUCGCGAAGGGUACGAUGACGGAUGUCAUUCCUCCGAUCUGAGAUCUGAUCCCUCAGAAUCUGAUAGUAAAUUCAUUGAAGGUUACAGAAAAGGACGUGCUGCCGGCAUUUUGGAAUGUCGACCUCUAAACGACAACUUCGGAGGAGGAGCGGGAAGUCCAGAUUCUGGGGCUUGGGCUACUGGGCGCCGAGUGAGCGAUGCUAUCUCACAUGUGGGCAAUAAUGGAAGGAUAUGGAAUACUCUGGUAUUUCUGAUAAGUCUUUGGCUCGUAGCGCUAGUGCUGCUCUGA